ACCUGUAAAUAUUCCGUUGAUGUCCGUGUGCAGCACAUCGGACCUUUGUGGACCAUUAUAUGUGCAAGUGUUGAGAUAUACUUUGUUAGUGUAGCCGACGAGGCUAGGUAGCUACCCUGCCUGCUCUCGAAGGACCAUGCUUUGGUGGGAAUCUCUACGUUUUUACUUCUUCACUGGAACUCAGUCAAACGCAGCGCUACCCGCUGCAUGUAAAACUCAGCUGGUAUCAGUAAAGCAUCAUGGUGCGCAUGAACGUUCUCGCGGAUGCUCUGAAAUGCAUCAACAAUGCUGAGAAGCGUGGGAAACGCCAGGUCCUCAUCAGGCCCUGCUCCAAGGUUAUUGUGCGCUUCCUAACCGUCAUGAUGAAGCACGGUUACAUUGGUGAGUUUGAGAUCAUUGAUGACCAUAGAGCCGGAAAAAUUGUCGUCAAUCUCACAGGCAGGCUGAACAAGUGUGGGGUGAUCAGUCCACGUUUUGAUCUCCAGCUCAAGGACCUGGAGAAGUGGCAGAACAACCUGCUGCCCUCAAGACAGUUUGGAUACAUUGUGCUGACCACCUCAGCUGGUAUCAUGGACCAUGAAGAGGCCAGACGGAAACACACAGGAGGCAAAAUCCUUGGAUUCUUUUUCUAAAAUGUAAAGAACUGCAAAUAAAAAGACAAACCGGGGAAAGCUG